AUGAUUGCAGUGAAUGGUGAGCGGCACCACAGUCCAUCGGUUCCUGAGAACAAAAAACCGCUCUGGUCCCCAUUUGUGCGGCAGCGGUCACCCGAAAUAAAAAAUGUUGGUAUGGAAGAGAAAAAGCCAACCGGUAGUCCAGUGAACAGCAUUGGAAGUCAAUCGGACUGGAAACGGUCACGGCCAAAACGUGGCCAGUACAGGUACCAUCAUCUCCAUGCAGCUGUCGAAAAAGUCUACGAAAUGAGUGAGAUUUGGAACCGAAGAGUAGAAGGGUUUGAUUUCAUGUUCCCUGCUUAG